AUGUCUUUGGCACUAUCAUUAACCGUUUCUACCUUCAUCCUCGCCGCUUUGGCGGACACAUCUCCGAAAGAGGUGUUAUGGAGCAACAAAACCUUUGGUCCGGAUGGCCCUUGGCGCGCAGUCAAAACCAACAUAGGCGGAAAAGAAAUAAGCCUCUUUCCGGGAACCAAUUGGGAGACAUGGCUGAUUGAAGAUGAUUACUGCGGUGAUGGGACCUGUUAUGCCUCCGAGGCUGGAACACACAACAGAAACACCUCUGGAAAGACUGGUAAUAUCAGCUUUUCCUCCGACUUCGCCUACUUCCAGCUUGGUAUGAACGUGGGGGGUGGCGAUUCGAUGCGUUAUGUGGACGACAUCGAGAUUAAUGGAGUUACCGUGACCAAUGCGAGUCUUGCCCUCAUCAAAUCUCCCACCUCCAAAGUCAGGUAUCCUGGGAUGACGGCACCGUUCUUUGCUGGCUGCUUGAGUGUGGGAAGCCGGGGCGGCGCGUAUCAGUAUUUCAGCUCAUCAAUCAAAGGCGACGGCCAAGUCAAGACCAGCAUGCCUCCCGGGUUUUUAUGGGAUCAGGGCUACACGCCGUCCAACUCUUUCGGCUUGCACAUCGGCUCGGUGGAACCUGAUCUCGCAGGCUCCCUCUGGUACGGCGGGUAUGACAGGAACCGCGUUGUGGGUGAUGCCAUCACCAAUGAACGCGAUUUCAAGGACGCUGUCACCACUCUGCAGGAUAUUGGGAUUGAUGUCAUUAACGGAAAGUCACCCUUCGAUUUCAACUCUACCAAGCCAGGUCUCCUUGCUCAGGGGAACUCGUCAAUGCCCAACGAGUUCAAGGUUAUGAUUGACGGCUGCUCCCCCUAUCUGACCUUGCCUAAGACGACUUGCGACAAUAUUGCCAGCUACCUCCCUGUCACCUUUAAUCAGACGCUUGGCCUCUACCUCUGGAAUACAAGCUCAGAAAAAUACAAGAAAAUAAUCCCUUCAGCCACGGCUUUGAGCUUUUCGUUCACGUCCAGCGGCAACUCCAACCCGAUCAAGAUUCGCGUCCCGUUCAUGCACCUCAACUUGACUCUUACAGCACCUCUGGUCGACACUCCCACGCAAUACUUCCCGUGCCAUGUAAAUGAAGGGGGGGAAUAUGUUCUCGGCAGGGCAUUUCUACAGGAUGCAUUUCUCGGAGGGAAUUGGGACUCCGACGUGAACAAAUGGUGGCUGGCUCAGGCGCCAGGUCCGAACAUUCCAUAUACUCCGAAUGUUUUGCAGAUCGCAACCACAGACACGACUAUCAGGAAGGGCGACACCAGCUGGGAAGAUUCAUGGAAAGGUGUAUGGACGGAAGCCGACACGACCAAUGGCGAUUCUACAACAAGCGAUGAUAAUGGAGGAGGUUUGUCGACCGGAGCAAAGGCCGGAAUCGGUGCCGGUGUGGGAGUUGUUGGCUGCCUGCUCCUACUUGGCGCCGUCUAUUUCUGGAAACGACGACAGGAGAGCCAAAACCAAGGCCAGGACGAGGGCCAAAUCGAGGAUCAGAGCAACAGCCAGCCAUAUCCUCAGUAUUACGAUCCCCCGAAGAUCCAGGAGCUGCAAUCACCGCCGCUCUACGACUCCAACAUGUCUUCAAGUUGGCAGUCUCCCUCGCCGAGCCAAGCAACAAGUGAGUUGCUGGGUUCGCGGCCGGCACCACCUGAGUUGACAGGGUCGGAGCCGCCACCGAGUGAACUGCAUACUUCAGAGAGGAUCCAUGAGAUGGCAUAG